AUGAUGACUCGCGUGCGGCGUGUUUGGCUCAUCACUCUGCUGGCGGUGCUUGUCACUAGUGCGGCUGCCCAAGAGGCCGAGGAGGAGGGACGUGAGUGGUGAGUCAACUAAGCUCAACACUCACUCAGUCAGUCACUCACACACUCUUUCACCACACAGGUGUGAGGCUUCGGCUGAGGAGGGUUCACCUGGCUGGGGCUUCUGCGCGUCUGACGGUGGCAAUCCCGUGACCAUCGAGGUCAAGGCGGUGAGUGGCCCGAACCUCGACCCUUCCAGUGACGUGUUCGUCAAGCUCGUUGGCACCGAAGGAACAACACAAGACAUCCGAAUCGCAAGUAAGAAUGACACACACAAUGACAGUCUUUCACUCGGCCGCUCACUGUCUGCCUGUGUGAUGGAUGUGUGUCAAGGUGAGGAGGGCGGCACCAAGCGUCGGGUGCAGACGAGUGCGGCUGAUGUUGGGCCGCUGGAGGCGGUGAUUGUGCGGAGCGACAGCAAAGACAAGGCGGCUCACUGGAGGUGCAAGACCAUCACCGUCUUCAGCUACUACCGAUGGUACCAGUUCGGCUGCACCGACGAACUCUCCGCCGCAUCACCAUCAGCCGUACGUAACUCAUCCCUGCUGUGGCUCUGUCAUGGCCAUGCGCACCAUAUUUGUAUGUGUGUUGUGGUCAGGAGUACACGUUGAGUGGGAGUGAGCCCUAUGAGGUCACCAUCGAAACGGGCGGAGACGACAAAGGUCAGCCACACACACACAACACAACACAACACAUGAGGGAAUGAGUGCACUUCCCUCUCUGUCUCUCUCUCUCUCUGUGUGUGCAGCGGGUACCCAGGGCAGCAUCGAGCUGAGCAUCAUCGGCCAGGGUCGGUCUACCGGCAGCAAGCACCUCAAGACGGGCCUCUUCCCCGGCACGUCUGCUCACGUGCGCAUCCGGGCGGCCAGUGUGGGCAAGAUCAAGGCCAUCCGCCUCACCAACACGGCAGCAGACGACCCCUGCUUCUGCGACAGUCUCAAGCUCAAGCGCCAGGACGGCAGUGCCGUGAGCUUCCGCGUGCGGCGAUGGAUCGGCACACCGUACCCGACGACGGCAGAGGUGGGGCUGGGCGAGGAGGCCGGCGGCGAGCUGCCGCUGAUGCACAUCAGCUGCCGGACUCGACUCAACGACCCCAUCCUCAUCGGUGCCACGAGCAGCACAGAGGGCCCCAACAUGAUCAAAGUAACCACACCUGCCCGACACACACACACAGAUGGAUCUCUCUGUGUGUGUCAUGCAUGUGUUGUGUCUGUCGGUCAGGUUUUGUGUCCGUCCAACUGUCAGGCCGACGAGGCGCAGUUUGUGAUGGGCUCGGGCGUCCAUCCGGCCUCCUCGUCCAUCUGCGGUGCGGCCCUCCACGACGGCGUUAUGUCGCCCAGCGGAGCCACUCUCAUCGUCACGGUCGUCAAGGACGGCCUCCCAGCAUACUACAAGACCGACAACCCCGCCAGCGGCAUACUCGCUGAAGAGGUCAGCUGACCAACCACCUCACUCACACACACACAUCCGCCGUGGAUGGAUGGAUGGAUGUGUGUUGUUAUGUGUGUAUGUCUGUCAGUAUGUGCCAGGUGCGGGUCAGCAGGAGAGCAGUCCCGAGGCCUUCUAUGUGUACCGCGCCGACAGCAUCGAUGACAUCGACAAGGACGUCCGAGUCGUCGACGCUGACGGACAACUCUCUGCUGUCGGGCGCCUUGAGGUUAGCACCCACACCAACCACACGCAGCCGCAGACAAUACCUGACUCUGUCUGUGUGCGUGUGUGUGUGUGUGUGUGUGUGCAGGUCCGUCGUGACGGUGUGUGGGGUUCUGUCUGCGGAGUCGGGACGCUGGGCGAGUUCACGGAGGCGAGUGCCCGGAAGGCGUGUCGGGAGAUGGGCUACACACACGGCCUGCUGCCGCCCCGUGGCUGUCAUGACGUCGAAGGGGAGUACUACUGCGCCGAGGCCGGCUAUCCCGUGGCCAUGGGCGGCAUCCACUGCAAGGGCGACGAGGAGAGCUUCCUCAAGUGCACCUUCGACGACAAGCCCGUCGACCGCUGCGCCAACCACAUCUUUGACGUGGCCGUCAUGUGCACCAACAACCCGCCCGCCAAGACACCCGCCAAGGGCACGCUGCGCAUCCUCUCCGCAGCCGGCGCCCCCGCCUGCGAGGGACGACUGGAGGUGAGAGAGCUAGUGAGGUCCUGUCGUGGGUGACAUCACACACACACAUUCAUGAUAUGUCACCCAUCUCCAUGUGUGUGCGUGUGUGUGUAGGUGUAUCUGCCGAGCCGGGACCCGUCCAAGCGGUGGUCGACAGUGUGCGACGACAACUGGACGGCCGCGAGUGAGCGCAUCGCCUGCAUCCAGAUGGGCUAUGCGGGGGCAGCCAGGGGCGGCGCACACAAAGAAAGCUGCACCGACUACAAAGGAGUGAACGUCUGCGGACCCGCCAGCACGAGGUCAAUACACCACUCACCGACACACAGACAGAUGUGUGUGUGUGUGUGUGUGGCAUCUGUGUGUGUGUGGGUUCAGGAUUGGUCUGACGAACGUCCUCUGCGACGGCAGCGAAUCACAACUCCUCCAAUGCCCAUACGUAAUUACGUGGACAUCACACACACACAAGACGACACAACACAAGACAUGACGACACGAAUGCAUUCAUUUGUGUCUGUCCAUCGGUCCAUUGAUCUGUCAGACGACGGGCAGCGACAUCUACUGCUCCCACGACGAAGACGUUGUCGUGUCGUGUGAGGGCGACAACGGCGAUCCCUCGGGCAGCGGACUGCACCAGAAAGACCCCCCGCCCACAUUCGUCCACUACUCCUUCCCCCCCAAGACAAAACUCACUUGCUCCGACACCAUCGCCAGCAAGGUAAGUACACACACACGCAGAGAGAGAGAGAGGGAGUGCAUGUGAUAUGUGAUUAUGUGUGUGUGUUGAUGCAGCUUGGCGGCGGUGGGUUGGUGGGCACCACAGUGGUGGCGACGUGUGAGGGUGGGUGCAGUGAUGCAGGGGGCCAAGUGGUGGGGACGCUCAUCUACAGCGAGGCCUCCCCUGUCUGCAAGGCUGCCGUCCAUGCUGGCGUCAUUGGCGACGGCGGCGGCGACGUUACCGUCACCCUCACGCAUCCCAUCAAGCACUACACCGGUCAGUCAGUCUGCCUCACACACACCACCCAAACCACACACUCGUGGACUGUGUGUGUGGAUGUGUGUCGUGGAUGCAGGCACUAAGCGAGGCGACAUCACUUCUGUGUCGGCCGACGUCGACGGCAGCAAGAGCUUUGUCGUCUCACGCCCGACGCCGAACGUGCUGGCUCGCCUUGCCGAGCCCAAGCAGCCGCACUAUGCCGGCGUGGGCGUCCCCCCUCCCACCACAAGCACAGCCACGAUGGCCACGUCCUUCAUGGAGGUCAGUGCCACGUCUGCCGCUGCACCCACCGCUCUGCCGCACCCGCCCGUCUUCUCGUGGUACGCGCCCGUCGGCUGGCACGGAUUCAAUGGCGACAACUGGAUCGACGCCAGCGAGCUGCCGGGUAGGUACCCUCACCCCGACACAACACACACAGCCAACGACACUCCACUGCCUCAUGUGUGUGUGUGUGUGUGUUUGCGUCAGGUGCUGACAAGGUGCGUGGGCUGACGAGCUUCUCGGUUUCGUGCCGUGUGCGUGUAUCGGGCGGCGAGCACACACACCGAGCGAUCCUGAGCCACAGCCAGUGCAACGGCUUCAGCUUGAGUGUGGGUGAGAACGACGAGCUGGUGUUCGACCAGAUCUGCAGCCCAUCGCCCGGCGUGACGUCGGGCAGCCGCGUCACAAAGGACCAGUGGGUCCACAUGGCCGUCACCUACUUCCAACCAGGUCAACCACAAUCCACACACACACACACACACACUCACACACACACGUGUCUGUGUGUCCAUGUGGUUAACUAACCAUGCAGAGAAGUAUGUGGCCAUGUACGUCAACGGCCGUCGAGUGGCGGCCAAGGCCACCGACUUCGACUUCGAGCUGACCACCCGGCUGGCCAUCGGCCGCCUGAGCGAUUCGGACAGCGAGUACUUCAGUGGCGACAUCACGGCCGUCCACAUAUACGACUAUGUCCUCUCACAAGACGACGUCAACAAGGUGACUGACUGACCACACGUGGGAGCGCAUCAGCCACAUCACAUCACACAUUCUCUCUCUCUCUCUGUGUGUGUGUGUGUGUGUGUGUGUCAGGACAUGGACAUGUCGUUUGAGCAUCCCUUCGGCGGUGUGGGCACCUCCCGCCGACACACGACAGACGGCCGUCUCUGCACAUCGCCCUGCAAGACGUCCCCGCCCCCUCCCGCCCUCAUGACGUCACACCUGCCCACCGCCCCCGCCACGACUCUGACAUGCGGCGACACUCUGGCCUCCAAGCACAUCAGCGGCGAGCUCGGCAUGAGGAUACGGGUCAAGUGCCCCCCAAGUGUGUCGGACACGAGCAGCAGCAUGCCGUGUAUGGCUCGAAGGUCUACACGGACGACAGCAGCAUGUGUCUGGCGGCCGUCCACAGCGGACAGCUCAACGACUUGCAGGGCGGAGAGGUCCUCAUCGUACUCAAACGAGGGUCAGACACACACUCACACACACAGAGAGGGAGAUAGAUGUGAUGGAUGCACGCGUGUAUGUUGUCUCCGUCCCUGUAUGUGUGUGUGCAGCCGUUCGUCGUAUCCGUCGAGUGUGGGUGGGGGCAUUCUGUCUCUCGAGCGGACAGACGGCUUCAGCCUGAGGAGCUUCGCCGUUUGCGCCGCGCCACCCGCCAAGACACUCACGUGCACCGACGACGCCACCUUCAUUCUCAGCAUGGCCGUGGGCGACAAACUGCUCGUCGUCUGCCCGUCCCACUGCACCACCGCCGACAAACGAGUGUACGGCAGCGACAAUGUCUACAGCCCAAAGUCAUCCGUCUGCAAGGCAGCCAUCGUAAGUCUGCCCCCACACACAAACACAAACACAAUUGCAUGUCUGUGUGUGUGUGUGUGUGUUUGGUUAGCAUGCUGGUGUGUUGACUGACGGCGGCGGUGAGGUGGAGGUGGGCGUCUUGGCCGAGCAGCCAGCCUUCAACGGCACAUCCGCCAACGGCAUCGACAGCAAAGACGACACCGUCUUCCUUCGCGCCUUCGCCUUCCAGCCCACUUCUGCCGUUCGUUGCCGCUCAGUCGGGCUCACCUCAGACGCCACAGAGAUGCUCGCACAGCUCCAGCAGCACACUCCACGGGCCGCUCGGGAUGUCCAACUCGCCGUCAUGCCAAGUGAGUGACUGAGGGAGAGAAUGACAACACACACACACACGCACUUGUGUGUGUGUGAGUGUGCAGGUCCGGCCAAUGCGAGUGAGCGUGUGAUAUCUGUCGGCAACACCAUGCUGACGCUAAAGGAGUUCAACUGCGACGACUACCUCAUGGCUGCGUCGCUGCUCAUGACCGGUGGGUCGAUGGAUGGAUGGAUGGAUGGAUGGACAUACCACAGCUCAGCUGUGGAUGGCUCCCUCUGUGUGUGUGUGUGUGUGUGUGCAUUAACAGGUCCGUCGAAGGCAGGUCUGUUGGUCGGCUGGCAGGAUGCGGCAAACUACUUUGUGUUGUGGGCGGAGGUCAAGCGCAACGGCCACGGGCAGUGGACACUCCAGAGUACCGCACACGGCACCACUUACAACGCCGUGAGCAACCUGACUGACACACGCACACCAACCAAUGCAUGUGGGGUGUGUGUGUGUGUGUGUGUCAGGGUGCGUCUGUGGCGUAUCAGUUUCAGUUCAACAGGUGGUAUCACAUCCGAAUCGACAACACCGACCACCACAUCAAGGUCACACACACACACACACGCCCAUCUGCCGUGAUGUCUGUGUGUGUCUGUGUGUAUGUGUGUGUCGAAGGUGUAUUUGGGUCGGGAGGGCAGCCACGAGUUGCAGCCGCUCCUGUCCUUCACCGACCCGUCCUCGUCCGCCAGCGCCGCACCAGCACUCGGCACUGUCGGCGUGGCGGCAUCAGGCCCCCAGCCAGUCUACUUCAAGGCCAUCAUGGUCAACCCAUCCGCACACACACAACUCGCCGGAGGCAAAAGGUCACUGACCCCAACACACACACACACUCGAUGGCCAUGUGUGUGAAUGUGUGUGUUUGCAGGUGGAGGGUGUGCACUCAGACGGCCCUCUUGUCUGAGCGCCGCAAGGCAUGCCACGCUCUGCUUGCCCAGCCCCCCACCACCAGCACCACCACCCCCGCCUUGUCGAUAGGCCCCCGGUUUGUGCAGUCGGUGGCGAUGCGUUUGUUCGGCAGUGUGUCUGGUGAGGGCGAGGAGGUGACGGCGUGCGACAGCGACAUGGGUGCCUACUGCGACAGCUGCUGCGGUGUGCACGCGCCUGCCCACGACACCGCCCUCCACUCCGAGUGCACACACGCAUGCAUCAAAGCCAACCCGACGACGGUAAGUACUCACACACACAAACCAGACAGACAGACAUAUCAAUGAGGUGGGUGCAUGUGUGUGUUGUGUGAUGCUUGUGUCUGUACUUGGCCUUUCGACUCCGCUGAUCUGAUGUGAAAGAGACAGCAUGGCUGACUGAGUGCAUGGAUGGAUGGAUGUACGGAUGGAUGAAUGAGACGACUGACUCACAACACACACACUAGGAAUGGACAGACAAUUGAGUGCAUUCAUGGUUGAAGUGAAUUAUGCAUUGAAUUCACCAGCUGC